AUGAUGUUCUCUAAUUACUCCUUUUGGCGCUUUUGCCUUCUUUCCCUUCCAUUAGCAUCUGCAUUGACUGUCCCUCAAAAGCCUCUGGCUGAACUGUCCGACGAUAUAAUUUCCGAGCCUAACCAGGAUCUCGCGGUCGAUGAUACUGCAUUCAAUAUAUCAGACUACACGUCGGUUGAUGAAUGGAAUCCUACCAAAUUUGACUACGAUGUUGUCAUUGUAGGUGGUGGCCCUGCUGGUCUCGCUGCAUCUAUGUCUUUGGCUCGAGUUGCGCGGACAUCACUCUUGUACGAUUCGCAGGAGUACCGCAAUGAGCAGACAAGAUACAUGCACGAUGUGCUUGGCCAGGAUGGCCAAGUACCAUUGAAGUUCCGGGCAGCGGUCAGACAGCAGAUCGAUGAGCUAUAUCCCGAUUAUUCGUUCUGGGCAACACGCAAGACAAAAGUCACUGGCAUUAUCUCUUUGGAAAAGGGCUUCCGCGUUUACGACGAUAAGGGUGGAAAAGUCACUGCCAAGAGGGUCAUUCUAGCUACUGGCAUCAAGGAUAUCCUCCCCAACAAGCCUGGAUUUGCCGAAGCUUUUGGACGGGGUGUGUUUUGGUGCCCAUGGUGCGACGGACACGACUAUAAGAAACGCAAGAUGGUUGUCUAUGGCAAGCUUGCAAGCGCUAUUGGGUCUGCAUUGAACCUCAGGAAGCUUACUACGGAUAUAACCAUCGUGACCGGUGGCGCACUCACCAAAGAAGACAAGGAUGAAGCAGAAGCACGCUGGCCCGGCUGGGAGACUGUUGUCAAGAAGACCUACAACAUCCCUAUCAGGGAGAACGAUAUUACGAAGGUCGAGCGUACCACAACAGCCAUAGAACCCAAAGAUGACGAAUAUAAAAUUCAUCUGAAUGGUGGCAGCCCCAAUCCUUUGGUGACGAAUGGUAUGCUUAUUUCUGUGCCUACUGCACAAACAUCAAGUCUACACAAGCAGCUGCGCUUGGAAAUGGAUGGCAAGUCCGUAAAGGUCAAAAGCAACAUGGAGUCCAGUGUUGGUGGACUUUAUGUUGUUGGUGAUGCAAAUAACGAUGGCUCGACGAAUGCCUAUCACGCGAUGUGGUCGGCCAAGCGCGCAUGCGUCAACGCCCAUGUCUCCAUGUCGAAGCAGGAAUACCUCGAUGAUGUACCUCUUGCUAUGGUCGCAGCGGCAGGAGGCGAGGAAGAAUUUUACCGCCUUCAAAUCGAUGAUCUUGAGCUUCAGAUGGGAAGUGAUGUUGAGCAGAUGUAUAAAGCACUGGGAGGUUGA